GGUCACCGAUGACGCGGACGUGGGCAGCAUGGGCAUCACCAUGGGCCAGCCUUAGCUAGUGCUACGUAGCAUAAGAAUGCGGCGCUGGCGUGUAUUUUGCCUGCUAGUGCUGCCCGCGCGCGCCCAGCUCGAGCUGUCCGGAGAUCAUGCGUCGCCGAGCGUUCGGAGAUGGCCCACCGACGUGCGCUGCACCGCGGCGGACGCGACUCUAGAGGUGAGCCUCGACGACACGACGCGCCGCUACGGCCUCGACGACGCCGGCGCCGUCGAGGCAAUCGCGAACGCGACGUGGGGACGCGCCCCGGCGUCGUACCUUACGCGCGCGCACGCGAUACGCGUGGGCCUGGCGGCGCUCGCGGAGACGGAUCGGCUCCCGGAUCUGGUCGACGCGGUCGAGCGCGGCGGUUUCUUGCACUUCUUCCCGCGGCCUGCCGUCGGGGACGCGUUGCUGGCGCUCGGCGCGCAGCUCUGCGCGUCCACUGAGGGCGGGGUGCACUGCGACAACGGCAUUGAGUUGCGGAAACUCCGCGAAGCUCCAUCACAGGUCAACCUGUGGUUCGCGGCCGACCGGAGUCGCGUCAGCGAACGGUGCGCUGACGCGCUCGAGAGCCUCCGCGCGACGUGCGCGGACUAUGCCGAGUGCGGACGCACGUUUGCACCGACGCGCGCGCGCGCGGACGCCGCGCUGACCGCUAUUCUACAUGGUGGCACGGAUCCAAACGGAGGCUGCUGGUACGUCGUCGAGCCGAACAUGCGCCUGGGGGCCACGGGCGGCAUGCGCGCGCUGCACCUCGUCGCACGUCAGUUGUUAGACCUAGGGCGGUGCGUGCGUGUCGUGACGCUGCGCGACGCAUUCGCAGACGUCGUGGCGGAGGGCUCCGCCGACGUGGCGCGGGCCGUGAACCUGACGGCUGAGGAAUUCGUCCAGUGGCACGUGCCCCUGCGGCCGGAGGAUACGGUGAUUGUCCCGGAGGUCUCGGCAGAUUUCGCCGCGGGCAUCAAGUACCGGUUGAUUGACGUGCGCACGCAGGUGCCGAUUCCCGGGGCGGCGCAGAUCGUUUCCGAGAGCGCGGACGUCGAAGAAACGGUGAGGGACUACGAGGCGCGCGGCGGUAUCGUCGCGCGCUACUGCAUGGCCUUCCAACCGGGCCACGGGCACCGCCCCGAGCCCAGCGUCUCGGUCCACCUAGGCAUCUCCGACUGGUUGCAUAGGGCCUUCUCGGGCAGCGGGCCGUGGGCCGAGGUUUCCCUGCACCCGCGCGACCUCGCUGAAGCUGAGCUGUGGCGACGACGCCCCAUCAACGGGCGCAUGGAGAAGAAGCGCCAGGGGCCGCCCCUCGUCGUCUACGACGACGACGUGCACUGGCUCGACGGCGACGAAUUUACAGAAGCGCUCGGCCGGGCAUGGGUCGCUUCCAACCGAAGCGGAUCGCCGCCGGUCGCCGUUAUGUACGACGGCUUCUCCGGCUCACAGAGAUACGACCUAAUGAAGAACGCGUCCGUAUACGUGGACCUGAAUAUGCCGGGCCUCGAGGGCGGCAUCUCGGAAUUCCUCUUCUUCGACGGGGCGCCGCUGAUCCCUGACGCGUUCCUUGGGACGGAGCACGACCCGUGCAUCGCGCGGGCGCCGGUCACCGAUGACGCGGACGUGGUCGCAGGACACGUCAUGAGGACGCUAGACACGCUCGCGUCGCCGGAGGGGGCAAAAGCUCUGGCGGUAUGCGCGGACCGGAACUUCGCCAAGGCACGUGCUGUCUUUGGGGACUUCUCCGAGACGUGGCGCGCGUACGAGUUAAGUCGGCGGACGCGGUUCGUGUUCUUUGCGCGCGAGUUCCUCGACUGGCGCUACGCGGCGCCCUUCGUCGCCUCGGCGUUCGCGCGCCACGCGUUCUCCGACGUCGUACUGCUGACGCCGCGCGAACUCGAAGGCAGAGCAUUUCAGGCGCUACUGGGCGAUACCAUGGGGGUGGCAAUGGCCAGGCUCGGCGUGCGUCGGCGAGUUCUUUUGGCGGACGUGCGGAACAAGACGGGCGACGCCGUGCUCGAGCACAUUUUCCCGACGCUUUCGGCGGUGCGCGAGUUUACAGUUCUAGUCGUGGGGCGCGCGACCGCGCCUACGCUCGAAGCGCUUGACGCGGCGGCGGCGGGCCUCGAGCCGGGCGCCUGCGCCCCGGGCGACCGCUUCGUGCUCUGCCGCCGUGGACCGGGCCUCGACGCCGCGCGCGUGGCCUUGAUGCUCGUCGCCACCCUGGAGCGACCGGCUCAGCUGGAUGCGUGCGGCGAUCUCCGGCGCCACGGUCUCUUUGCCCAGCUCGCGGCCGUGAUGUACCCCAACGCCCUCAACGCGCUCGACGAGGCCUGCGGCGACGCCAUCGAGGCUGGGAGGCUCCAUAACUUCGGGCGCGCCUUUUACCACGCCGAGUAGGGCCCACAGCCCACGGCGGAACUGGUCAGCAACCCAAGGAUACGUCGCCAUAUCAUAG